AUUUUCCCAAUUGAAUUCAGACAGUCCAGAACUUUCGUUGACAAAUUGAAGAAAGGCGCCCAGCGGCGGCAGUAAUAAACGCAUCUGCUCAGGGUUUAAGGAAGCAGAGUAGCGUCGUCUAGGGUUUUAGAGAAAGCUUCAUUCAACUACAACCAAGAUUCUCCCUUCUGAAAUGGGUUUCUGGGGCAUUGAAGUGAAACCAGGCAAACCAUACCCCUACCAUUCUGAUAAUGUGACGGGAAAGCUUCGGAUAACUCAGGCAACUUUGGGACCUGGCUCAUCGAAAGAGAGAAGCAUCAUACAGUGUUCUGUUGGUGACAAGAGUCCAAUCUUUUUGUGCUCUUUGAUACCAAAUAAGAUUGAAUCAUGCCCCUUGAAUCUUGAAUUUGAGGAAGAUGAUUUGAUAGCCUUUUCAGUUAUUGGCCCACAAAGCGUCCAUCUUUCUGGUUAUUUUGUAGCCAACGAGGGACAUGCAAUUAGGGAUGACUAUGAGUCUGAUUCUUUUGGGGAGGACAUCGCAGAAACAGAUACAGAGGAUUCAUCAGAAUAUGAUACUGGAGAUGAAUAUGAUGAUGAGUUCAUCGAUGAUGAUGACGACGACUAUCCUGGGAUGUACCCAACUUCGCCAGUUCCUAAAAGUGGAGUUGUAAUUGAGGAGAUAGUGGAUGAUGAAAAAUCAAAUGAUGCCAAUGGUCAAGCUAAAAAAGUGAAAAAAAAUAAGUCGAGUGACUCUGAGGGCAUUAGGAACUCUCAGUGUCAAAUUGUGUUGAAAAGGAAUGUGGGAAAUGCUGUUUCAGAAAGCGAAGAUGAAGAUGGAUUUCCAAUCCCUACCAAAAGCAAGAGCAAAGCGAAUAUUCAGAAAUUAGGACCAGAACAAGAGCAAAAAGGCCCAAGUACUGAGAGUGUGGAGGAGACAAAGGAAAAAGAUGGCAAUGAUGCUUCUAGCUUGAAAAGAAAAGUUGAAAACGAUGAGCAAGUUGAUCAUAUGGAAAGGAAAAAGAAAAAGAAGCAGAAAAAAAAGGUAACAGACGAAAAAGCUCAGAAAACUGGUAAUGAUGGUAAUAUGGGGAGUGAAAAGCCACAAGUGGAAGUUGACAGUGCAGUUGUUAAUUCGAUUUCUGAUGGAGAUGAGAAAGAUAAAAAGCUAUCUGAACAGAGGGACGCCUCCACUCACAUGGAUGUUGUUGAUGGUGAAAAUCAUAAGGAAGAUGAGCAAAAAAAGAAGAAAAAGAAGAAAGGGAAGAAGAGCAAGGAGACUGAAGCUGGAUCAAAAUCUGAUGAGCUAACUAAAACGGCGGGUGAUCAGAGUAAAUCGGCUUUGGGAUCAAAAGUGAAGGAAAAUGAAUCCAAACCAUCUCGAGUGAGAACCUUUGAUAAUGGAUUGGUUAUUGAGGACGUAGCCAUGGGUAAACCAGAUGGUAAAAGAGCUUCACCUGGAAACCAGGUUAGUGUUCACUACAUUGGCAAGCUAAAGAACGGCAAAAUAUUUGAUAGUAAUGUUGGAAGGGCACCAUUCAAAUUUCGCUUAGGUGUGGGACAGGUUAUUAAGGGCUGGGAUGUCGGGGUUAAUGGCAUGCGAAUUGGGGAUAAAAGGAGAUUGACAAUCCCUCCAUCAAUGGGUUAUGGAGAUAAGAAAGUUGGGAAGAUCCCGCAGAAUUCAUGGCUUACUUUUGACGUUGAAUUGGUCGGCGUUCGCUAGUGCAUCCUUAUUAUAUACAUAUACAUUAGAGUAUAGUCUUUCUAUCUUAAAUUUUUGUUUCCAUGUAAUUUUUUUUUACUUGCCAUCAAUCUCAAUUUUGUAUGUUGUUUAAUAUCGGCUCGGCACAGACCUGAUUUUUUAAUGUUGGAUGAAAAUUGGAAUUUCAAACAGUUAGAUAGUGACUUUUCAAUAGAAAUUUAUA